GCGCGCUGUAAUCAAUACUAGCUUUUAAGGCACACGCACGCGAAAAACAACAUAAACAUGGCAGAUAGCGAGUUCGAAGAAUUCGGACAUAGUUUUGAGAGGACACUACACACGACCAGCAAACAGGCGGCUCCAUUUUACUCAUUAGUGCACGAUGUCUUGGUGGACGAGGAGUCGCCGACGUCUUCCAAGAGCGACCCGGAAACAGACUGUGAUACGCAAGGAGUCAGCAGGCAGCAGGAGAAUGCGCAAGGGCCACGGGCUGCUGUGCCCUGGACCGGGCCAGGCGAGCGACGGAGAAGAAAACUACCCGAGAUUCCCAAAAACAAAAAACCUGCGGUUGUGUCUCUUAUAAACGCACACCAGUUAUCCCGUGAGUUAUCGCUUGCUGAUGAAUUGGGUGGUUGUGGGUCAGGCAGCAGUGGUCCCAGUUCCUUGCUUGUAUUGAAAUGUCACCUGUGGGACAGCGACUCGCCGGAUUCAGAUCGUCUACUGACAGACGCCGACAGUGGGCACAGCACAGCACACUCGCCCACAGAUGGUCCAAAAUCUAUGUCCCCAUUACUGGGGAUGUCUCCGGGUACAGGCGGCGGUGUGCCCUACAGCGAUGUAGACAUGUUAGAAGCGACGCAUCGUGGUUUGCACAAGUUUAUUCCGCGGCACGAAGAUGAAAUCGAUGUGGAGAUUGGCGAUCCGAUUUAUGUUCAAAAAGAAGCUGAUGAUUUAUGGUGUGAGGGUGUUAAUCUACGCACUGGUAGAAUGGGUAUAUUUCCAUCUGCGUAUGCUGUCGACAGUGACUACAGCGAUUGGGACUCGUCCUGCGAACAUGGCAGACGCGAGCGUUAUUUGUUGGGGUAUUUAGGUUCGGUGGAGACACUUGCUCACAAGGGGACGUCGGUGGUGUGUCAGGCCGUGCGGCGUGUGGUUGGUAAUAGUGGUACUGAACCGGAACCGCAGCCAUGUAUCUUGGAAGUGUCCGAUCAAGGUUUACGCAUGGUAGAUAGACGAAAAAGAAAUUCUGAUAAUCCAUGUAUAGACUACUUCUACUCGCUCAAGAACGUCUCGUUCUGCGCAUUUCAUCCUCGCGAUCACCGCUAUCUUGGUUUCAUCACCAAACAUCCUACACUUCAAAGAUUCGCUUGCCACGUGUUUAGGGGCACGGAUUCGACGCGACCAGUUGCUGAAGGAGUUGGGCGUGCCUUCCAAAGGUUCUAUCAAAAGUUUAUAGAGACUGCUUACCCGAUCGAAGAUAUCUAUAUAGAGUAGAAUCAGAGUACAUAGUGCAAUAAUAAGAGAUAAAGAUUAAAAAAUAAUUUUACUUACAUGAUUACAGAAUGCGCGAAGCAAGAGAAAAUUGGAAUAAACUAACAGGAGAGCGUAAUUAUAAGAUUACCAAAAACAAGAAAACAUUCAAAUGUAUAAUGUAACAUAUUUAAGCAUGAUGCUGCUCUAUUUACAGCGCCGUGACAAUGGCGACCUGCGUCUUCCGACUCGGUAUAUAAACUAUAAAAUGCAUAUAAUUUAACACGUUCUCCACAUAUCUUUUAUUACCUGCGCAGCGCAGAGACACGCGAUCAGAAUCAGCUAGUCAAGGUGAAAGAGGCGAGAGGAGGAGGCAGCAGGUUGCCAUUGGCGAUUCGUGCGAGCAAAAAUACAAUGUUAAAAUAAAGUAAUAUUUGUCUGA